UGGCCUCGCGCGGUGGUUCCGCGGGAGGAGACCUUUCGCUCCUUCUCUCCGCGUGUGGGUUCCGGGUCCCGGCGGGGCGGCGCUGCAGCCGACGCGCAGGAAGGUGAAGAAUUGAAUUUCACCAUGUCUGGAAUCAAGCGAACAAUCAAAGAAACUGACCCUGACUAUGAGGAUGUAUCUGUGGCCCUCCCAAAUAAGCGGCAUAAAGCGAUUGAGAGCUCAGCUCGAGAUGCAGCUGUGCAGAAAAUUGAGACUAUUAUUAAGGAACAGUUUGCUCUUGAGAUGAAGAAUAAGGAACAUGAGAUUGAUGUCAUUGACCAGCGACUGAUUGAGGCCAGAAGGAUGAUGGAUAAGCUCCGAGCCUGCAUUGUAGCAAACUAUUAUGCUUCAGCUGGCCUCCUGAAAGUUUCUGAGGGAUUAAAGACAUUUGAUCCAAUGGCUUUUAACCACCCUGCUAUCAAGAAAUUUUUGGAAUCACCAUCUAGGUCAUCAUCUCCUACCAAUCAGAGAUCAGAAACCCCGUCUGCCAAUCACUCUGAAAGUGACUCUUUAUCUCAGCACAAUGACUUCCUGUCUGACAAAGACAAUAACAGCAACGUGGAUAUGGAGGAAAGACUCUCAAGCACCGGGGAGCAGAGACCAAGCCGGAAUACUGGAAGGGACACGUCUAGUAUCAGUGGCUCCCACAAACGGGAACGACGGAAUGCUGACCUCACAGGAGACGAGACCUCCCGACUGUUUGUCAAGAAGACAAUAGUAGUCGGCAAUGUGUCCAAGUACAUACCUCCAGAUAAGCGGGAAGAAAAUGACCAAUCAACCCAUAAGUGGAUGGUGUAUGUCCGAGGGUCACGGAGAGAGCCCAGCAUUAAUCACUUUGUCAAGAAAGUUUGGUUCUUCCUUCAUCCUAGCUAUAAACCAAACGAUCUUGUGGAAGUUAGAGAGCCACCCUUUCAUCUGACUAGAAGAGGCUGGGGUGAGUUUCCUGUCAGAGUGCAAGUUCACUUUAAGGACAGCCAGAACAAGCGGAUAGAUAUCAUACACAAUCUGAAGCUGGAUAGAACCUACACUGGCCUACAGACCCUGGGUGCAGAGACGGUAGUGGAUGUUGAGCUUCAUCGGCAUUCGCUUGGUGAAGACUACGUUUAUCCUCAGUCAUCUGAAUCAGACGUAUCUGAUGCCCCUCCUCCAUCCCUGACGAUUCCAGCCCCAGUGAAAGCUUCACCAGUGCCCCGGUCCCCUGAGCCCGCAUCUGCCGCCCCUGUGGGAGAAGGAUUCCCAGACAGCGCUGAAGCUGAGAGACACAGUACAUUUUAUUCUUUACCAUCUUCGUUGGAAAGAACACCCACUAAAGUGACAUCAGCACAGAAGGUCACCUUCAGUUCACAUGGCAAUUCUGCCUUCCAGCCCAUCGCAUCGAGCUGUAAAAUUGUGCCACAAAGUCAAAUGCCUAAUCCUGAGUCACCUGGCAAGUCCUUUCAGCCCAUCACCAUGAGCUGUAAGAUCGUCUCAGGUUCUCCAAUAUCAACUCCAAGUCCAUCACCAUUGCCUCGAACACCAACUUCCACUCCAGUUAAUUUGAAGCAAGGCACUGCCAGUUCUGGUGUCAGCAACCCUCAUGUUAUUGUAGAUAAGCCUGGGCAGGGCAUUGGAGCCUCCACUCCAAGUACAGGAAGUCCUACAAGCAAGCUUCCAGUGGCCUCUCAGGCUUCCCAAGGAACAGGGUCCCCGAUUCCUAAAAUUCAUGGAAGUAGUUUCUUAACAUCUACUGUGAAGCAGGAGGAUUCUUUAUUUGCAUCUAUGCCACCCCUUUGCCCAAUUGGUAGUCACCCUAAAGUGCAAAGCCCAAAAGCUGUUACUGGAGGACUCGGGGCUUUCACAAAGGUGAUCAUCAAACAGGAACCUGGAGAAGCUUCUCAUGUGUCCACAACAGGAGCUGCCAACCAGUCAGCAUUCCCUCAGUAUGUGACUGUGAAGGGGGGUCACAUGAUAGCUGUGUCCCCUCAAAAACAGGUCAUAAGUGCUGGAGAGGGGACGACUCAUUCACCAAAGAUUCCACCCUCCAAGGUUGUUGGUGUGCCUGUUGGCUCUGCCUUACCUUCCACAGUGAAGCAGGCUGUGGCAAUCAGUAGUGGCCCAAUUCUUGUCGCCAAGGCCAGCUCUUCUGUCACCAAAGCUGUUGGCCCAAAACAAGUUGUGACCCAAGGAGUUGCCAAAGCAAUUGUGAGUGGAGGUGGAGGGACCAUUGUUGCUCAGCCAGUACAGACCUUAACCAAGACUCAGGUCACAGCUGCUGGGCCGCAGAAGAGUGGCUCCCAGGGCUCAGUAAUGGCAACCUUGCAGCUACCAGCCACUAAUUUGGCUAACUUGGCAAACUUGCCUCCGGGCACUAAACUGUACCUUACUACGAACAGCAAGAACACUGCAGGAAAAGGGAAGCUGCUGCUGAUUCCUCAAGGAGCCAUCCUUCGAGCUGCCAACAGUGCCAACCUGCAGUCUGGCUCCGCUACUGCUGGUGGCAGUGGCAGCAGUGGUGCAGGGGGAGGCAGUGGAGGUGGCGGUGGCAGCGCAGCAGGAGGACCCCCAAGCACCUCUGGCCCAGGAGGGGGCCCCCAGCAGCUGACUUACACAUCCUACAUCCUCAAGCAAACCCCCCAGGGUACAUUUUUAGUUGGCCAACCAUCACCCCAAACACCUGGAAAACAACUGACUACUGCAUCAGUUGUUCAAGGAACACUGGGGGUCAGCUCAUCGUCUGCACAGGGACAACAGACAUUGAAAGUCAUCUCUGGACAAAAAACCACUCUGUUUACACAGGCAACCACUGCUGGGCAGACAUCGCUGCUGAAGUUACCUGACAACACCCUGAAGUCUGUGCCAGCAGCUCCACAACUCGCCAAGCCUGGGACCACAAUGCUGCGAGUGGCAGGGGGUGUGAUCACAGCUACUCCCUCCCCUGCUGUGGCCUUCUCGGCAAAUGGUGCUGUACACCAGUCUGAAGGAUCAGCCCCCGUGUCAUCCUCUGUCGGUUCUAUAAUCAAAACUCCUGGGCAGCCACAAGUGUGUGGAAGCCAGGCCACCGUGGCGACCUGCAAGGGCACAGCUCCUGCUGCUGUCACUGCCACAUCCCUGGUGUCUGCACCAAGCUCCAUUUCUGGGAAAGCCACAGUGUCAGGAUUGUUAAAAAUUCAUUCCGGUCAGUCCAGUCCCCAGCAGGCUGUCCUGACCAUCCCCAGUCAGCUCAAGCCAUUAAGUAUCAACACCUCUGGCGGCGUGCAGACUGUCCUGAUGCCUGUGAAUAAAGUGGUUCAGUCAUUUUCUACCAGCAAAUUACCUACUGUCCUGCCCAUAAGUGUCCCAAAUCCAGCUGCCCCCAGCUCUGCUCCAGUAGCAAUUGCCAAAGUGAAGACUGAACCAGAAACUCCUGGGCCAAACUGCGUUGUCGCACAGGAGCACCAGGUAGAAGUGAAAACAGAAGAGAGCUCUGAGCUAAACAACUAUGUCAUUAAGGUAGACCAUUUGGAGACUAUCCAGCAGCUCUUGACAGCAGUAGUCAAGAAGAUCCCAUUAAUUACUGCAAAAGGUGAUGAUGCCAGCUGUUUUUCUGCGAAGUCCUUGGAGCAGUAUUAUGGCUGGAACAUUGGGAAAAGGAGAGCUGCUGAGUGGCAAAGAGCAAUGACAGUCCGAAAAGUGUUGCAAGAAAUCUUGGAGAAGAAUCCAAGAUUCCACCACCUGACACCCCUCAAAACCAAGCACAUUGCUCACUGGUGUCGCUGCCAUGGUUACACCCCACCAGACCCCGAGAGCCUGCGACAAGACGGAGACUCCAUUGAGGAUGUGCUUACCCAGAUUGACAGUGAACCAGAGUGCCUGUCGUCCUUCUCGACUGCUGAUGACCUCUGCCGGAAGCUGGAGGAUCUGCAGCAGUUCCAGAAAAGGGAGCCUGAGAACGAGGAAGAAGUGGAUAUCCUCAGCCUGUCAGAGCCACUGAAGACAAACAUUAAAAAGGAGCAGGAGGAAAAGCAGGAAGAAAUGAGAUUCUACCUGCCACCAACCCCAGGCUCUGGAUUUGUUGGUGACAUCACACAGAAGAUUGGGAUUACCCUGCAGCCUGUGGCACUGCACAGGAACAUGUAUGCCUCAGUAGUAGAGGACAUGAUCUUAAAGGCCACGGAACAGCUGGUGAGUGACAUCCUGAGACAGGCACUGGCGGUUGGAUACCAGACAGCAUCUCCCAACAGGGUUCCCAAAGAAAUCACAGUGAGUAAUAUUCAUCAGGCCAUUUGCAACAUUCCUUUUCUGGAUUUUCUCACGAACAAACACAUGGGGAGACUGAACGAGGAUCACUGACUACAGUGAAGAGACCCCGAGAGGCGGGAUGGAAGCUGUGUCUGCACUGUGCAAACUGUGGCCCUUGUGUUUGGGGAAAGCUGGUGUUCUCUGUUGGAAUGCCAUGGCUGCCAAACCAUUCCUUCCAUCUAACUGUGUGUUAUACAAGGGCAUCGAGUCCCAGGUGCCCCCCUUUUAAGACAGAGUCGUUUCCAAUUCUGGAGGGAAGCUGAACAGACACAGCUUUGUCAGUUUGCAUUUCCUUACUCUGACAAGGCUCUGCAGGGUCUUGGUGUGAGACAACCUGUUCUUUCUCUGUGCAUACACAGGGUGCUUGCACCCUCUUUGGAGUGUGCUUGGGUUCACCUGAGGCCUGCUUUUCAGAAGGCGAAAAUAAGCCCAGCAUACUGGGCUGGGGAACUCUAAAGAAAAAUGGAGCAAGCAAGUACCUUCUCCCACCUUGCCUCAGCAUAGAAGGGCUACACUCUUGGCCAGUGUGUAUCAGCUACAGAGAGGGUAAUACGCCAUGUGGCAAACCCAAGGCCAAGGAGGCUGCACUGAGACUGUGUUACAACAGUGUUGAGGGGUCCCAACAGAGUUUAGAAGGCAUCAGGCCUGUGCUUGUGUAACCCAGGAACUACAAGUGUUAGUGUAGGUAUCGACCUCAAAGCCAGGCCCUUGAGCCGUGUGUGAUCUUCCUAUUCGUGUGAGCUUCAGAAGCUCUUGCUGCUGCCCCAUGUCAAGGGGAGGGAGGAAGCUCCAGUGCAGACCUUUCUAGGAUUGUCCUCUUGGUUGACUGGAGUCCUGUCCUUCUCUGCCAAAGAGUUUUACCAAGAUGAAAAGGGUUGAAACACCUGUGAGUGCCUUACCGUGGGAAACCUGCUCUAGCCCCGUGUGCUACUGCUCAGGAGCAGAGCCCCUCAGAGAGAUGUGCACACAGGAGGCUCUAGCACCAGUGCACAGUGCGCAGACCCUGGGGACUCGCCAGUCCUCCUAACUAUUAUGGGGACACAGGAAAGACCUCAGUCUAAGUUGUAAACAUGUUCUUUUUAUGCUCAAGGGAAACUUGAAAUAUCUGAGUAAAAGUCAAAGAAAUUUACCUAAGCAACAUAAAGCCUGUUCUCCGAGGUCCUGUAGGUAGAUGGAAAUACUGCAUGGAGGAUAAAAUAUACCUUUAAUUCAGCUCCUGAGAGCUGCAGGUCCAGAAGGGACCCACUGUGCAGGGGCUGGGCAAGCAUAGCCUAUGGUAUAAAUUGGCUUAAGGAUUUGGCCUACAGACCAUAUAGCAGAUUGAUAGGCUGACACACGGAUUUGUUCAGAAGUGGACAGAGACCUACAUGGUAGACCAUCCCAAUGAGAACAGGAUCAUUUGUUGUGAUGAAAACCUAAAGAAAUUACUUUUUUGCUUAAAAAAAAAAUAGUUUCCGUGUAUGUUAAAGUUUCAAGUGUUUUUUUUUUAAAUCAUAAUGUGUAAUAAUUGUGUAUCAUUUUGUCUACAAUAAAACGUUUAGUAUUUGCAAUGGC